AUGUCAGCAUCGGGAAGCAACUCGGCCUCUGAUUGGCCACGGCGAGUCACGUGAGCAUUUCCCAAGCGGAGUUUCCACGACAGCUGGAAGCCGAGCGGCACGGGCGCAUCGCUUCUCUGCUAAGAUUAUUUGAAAUAACAAGACUUGUGCUCGUCUCAGCGCCUUCACGUAAACCCUGGUCUGGCAUGGGCGACAAGAGGAGUCCCACAAGGCCGAAGCGUCAACCGAAGCCCUCCUCCGACGAGGGGUUUUGGGACUGCAGCGUGUGCACGUACAAGAACACGGCAGAGGCUUUUAAGUGCAUGAUGUGUGAUGUCAGGAAGGGGACAUCAACAAGGAAGCCUCGUCCCGUCUCCCAGCUCGUCUCUCAGCAGCAGGUAACGCAGCAGUUUGUGUUGCCCUCGCAGCCCAAAAAAGAAAAGAAGGAGCGAGUAGAGAGGGAGAAGAGCGACAGAGAGCCAGCGCUCAAGAAGAACAGUCACAAGAAGAUGAGGCCGAGAUUAAAAAACAUCGACCGAAGCAGCGCCCAGCACCUGGAGGUGACGGUCGGCGACCUGACGGUGAUCAUAACGGACUUCAAGGAGAAGGCCAAGCCCGCGUCCACCUCGGCGACUUCCUCCAGCUCCGCGUCGUCGGCCGACCACCACAGCCAGAACGGCUCCAGCUCGGAAAACACAGAGAAGGGCCUUUCCCGCUCCUCCUCGCCCCGAGGAGAGGGGAGCUCGGUCAACGGAGAGUCCCACUGAGUCAGCCCCCCCCCGCUCCCCUGGCCUCCACCCACACGUCACCUCCAACUCCACAUGUCAUUAGAGUUACACACUAAGGACUAGACCCUCCUCUUGCUUACUCAUCUCUGGAUCUCUCAGCCGAUUCCUCGCCUACAGUUGCCGACAUAUCAGAUUAAUCAGAUGUAAGAUUUUCCACGCCAGUGGAAUUCUGCCGUUAGAAAGCAAUAUGAAACCCUUUUCUUGCUGGAAGUUUUUAGUAAACCUGCAUUUUACCUUGGAUAUUUUGUGGAACCAGAAGGAUGCCACACACACACUGUCCAAAGCGCGAUGCUAGAAUAUUUACUCAGAGACAGUUCGGUUCUGACGAGAGACUUCUUCAGAACCUGCCGGAGAAAUAUGUCUAAAUAAAGUCGUGGACAGACUUUGGACAGGGUGCUGGAUCCUACCUGAUGUACUUCAGAUGCACCAAGCCCCGCCCCCUCCCAGCACAGCAUUUCUGUUCAGUGAAAUGUGCAGCCCCACCUUUGCCAUCAUCAUCCUCAGUGGCUGGCAGAGGGACCUAUUCUUCCCCCAUGUGGAAUUUUCUGCCUCUGCCCGGAGUCUUUACCCCCCCUACCCCCCGUUGUCAACCUGAACUCUCAGACACUGAACCCCUCAACCUGACAGUUUUCUCCAGACGUUGACACUCUAAGCUUUUCCUCCUGAGCUGCCUCUGCUGUGGAGUGACUCUUUAAACACAGCCCUGCGACUGUUCUCCUCUCGACAGUGUUUUUUUUGCAUAACAUUCGGAGCAGGUCGGCUAGUCAGAGUACGAUUGUUACGUCCGUGGAAAGACACCUGGUGGGGAUGCCCGGUAUAAUUUUGUAGUAAAAACAAGCGUGCGUCACAGUCAGAUAAGUUGCAGAUACAAUCAGUUGCUUGUCUUUUUUUUUUUAAACUUGUGUAGUAUUGCAACAUCUACAACAACAUGGACCUACACGUGCAUUAAGUGAUUUUUAACGUCCUCUUUCUGUGAUUAAAAACCAUUUCUACAGAGGUGUAAGUAUUCUGCGGUGAUACGUAGCUUUUGAAAUGAUUUGGUUUCCGGAGUUUCUCAUUGACCAACUAUGAACCACUCACGUAGCAGCAGAUAAGAGCUGCUAGCUUAUCGCAGAUAAAAGGGUGAUAACAUUUGCAGCAGGUGCUGUGUUACACAGAACCAUGUGUUGUUGUCCUUAGAAACUCAUGGUUAAAACACUAUAUAUAAAAAAUAAAUAAAAUACUUGACAGGGGAUUGGCCAAACUAUCUGGCUAACUAACCAAUCAGAUCAAUGCACCAUAUGACAGGCCGUGUAGCCACGUGGUUAGCUUGUCGGUCAAUGAUUUUACCAUCUUGGCACAUAGAAUUAAAUCAUCCAGGAAAAAAAAAUUAAGUUCUGUUUUUGUUCUUUAAACGACAACAAAGAUGUUCUCUCUAGGUUCCGUCACUGUUUGAAUAAACAGCGCCGGUUGUUGGUACCGCAGACCAUUGUCACAUCUAAAAUAUGUACCUCGCUGCCAGUAGUUCCUCUAAGGAAAACGAGAGGUCGAAACACAGCCGGCCAAACGGAUUCUCCCGUGCUCUGAGUCGUCGCACAAGUAUUCGUCUGCCUCGCAGAGCUCUGACGGCCAAAUGCAGCACGCCAGUAGAAAACAAGACAAACAGCACGAGGUGUUAACCGGGCCUCCAAAUUUACUAGAGCCCAAACUGAUCAAGUACUAACCACUAACAGCAUCCUGUUUCCAGACACCGCAGGACACGUGUCCUUUCUCUGAUGACUCACGACUGUUUUGCAGGCACAAGGGAGAACUACACAAUACUAGGAAGGUGGUCAGAAUGUUACACCUAUUCUGUUUAUUAGCCAUAAGUGCUAAAAACAGUUUCACUGCUGUGUUUCACUGCGCUGAUACCUUAAUAUCCUGUAGUCAUGAAAGAAAAAAAAAAAAAAAAAAAAUCACUUAAUGCAGCUUCAAACAUUUCAGCUCUGUCAGUACGGACACAUCAUCUGUCGCCUUGUAACUACACGGAGUAAGCAAAGCCUGAUUCCAAUUACUGACCUCCACCGUGCUUACUGUUUAUCACGGGUCCCACAGAAUAUUAACUACAAAUGUACACCGCUAUUACCUUUCUGUUUUCAUUUGGCGUGCUUUUUACUUUAUUGAACAAGAGCUGACGUCAAGCCGGAUUCAUCAGAGCGAAGGUCGCCUCGGAGGCGCGGAAAGAAACGUCGCCGACCGACUGAUGCACCGUCAACUAAACGUAGAAGGCAGCUGCGGAGGCUGCAGCUGCGCAAUCACACCGGCGUUCUACUUGCAGUUGUCCUGUGCCGCACAAAUGGGACUACGUCUGUCGGAGGUCCCAGUGGAGACCCGGCGGGCGCCGAUGCCGCCCUGCACCCACCUCAUGGAUACCGCGCGGGGGAAGAGAGAUGUGGACUCGCACUUUUAUGAACUGUACAGGUGACUUCCCGCAGCGCGACGGACUUCAAGGAACCGACGUAGCAAAAGAGCAGAGCUUUAGAGUACUUUAAACUCGCAGCAGAGCAACUAUAGAUCAACCUAACUACACGAUAACUUAUAAAAAAAACCUGUAGAAUAAUUACACAGAUAAGAUAGAUAUUUCUAAAAUAUUGUCCUACAAUGUUUUGAUGUGGUUGUAUUAUCCAUCAUACCAGUGUUACUGUCGAGAUUUUUACUUAACAUUUUAGCACACUUCAUGAGAACUGUUACGGCAUGAUAAUGUUACGGUCUUGGUAUAUUGUGGGACGCGCUAUGUCUCUUAGUUUGUUAGUAUUCUUUAAUGUAUCGGGGGUGUUUUCUCUCGGGUUCACUACUCUAGCUGGGACUAGUGUGAACUCGAGAAGAACUGUUUGGAUUUGAAAGACACUUAAAACGUGUUAAUGUCAUUUACUGAUAUAGUUUAGUUGUUUUUUUGUUUUGCUUUUCCAUGCCCAUUUGUUUUAAAAUGUGUGAACUUGUUUAUUACAUGUCUGAAUAAGAAAAUUACAAAAUUCAAACAACAACAACAAAAAAAUAGUCAUUUUUCUUAUGCACAAAAUUCUCUUCAGUGCAGGUGCACCUAUUCACACAUUUGUCUUCGUCUCUGAACUGUGUUUGUAGCAGCGCAGUCUCACAAUACAGGAUUUACAGGUUCAGGGUUCAUCCACCAAAACGAUUGCCAAAAGGCUGCCAUCUUUAUCGCCCCGAGAAAAGAAUUGUUUGUUUUACCACUGCACAGCAACCAGAAAUGGUUAAAUAAUAAUAAUAAAAGACUGCCAAGUUAUGAGCCAUAAAAGCUAAAAACAGCAGUGUGUCGG